AUGACGAACGAUAGGCAAAUUAGUAUUGUUAUAGCCUGUGUGGCAGUUACAGGAGUUAUCAGAACAGCGCCAACGUCUGCUCUGGAGGUAAUGUUGAGCCUGCCACCACUUCCGCUCUUUAUUAAGAUGGAAGCGAGUUUGGCUGCUUUGAGGUUACGCUCGGCAGGAACUUGGAGGAUCGGAUGUCAUCCGGCGGGACACGCGAGAAUACUCGACGGACCUGUCAGGAGGCACCCUGAUCUUUUGAUGAGGGAUGACUUUCAGUGCGAAAGUUUUCCCAGAACACGGAUUAACUCUACGAUACACACUAGGUCUGAGUGGAGCGACCGCGAGGGGGAAAUUAUUGAACCUGGAGCGGUGGCAUUAUUCACAGACGGCUCUCGUGUGGAAGGCUCCUCAGGGGCCGGUUACCACUGUCCUGGGCUUCAGCUCAAUGGAUCGGUGCCUCUUGGCCGAUACACAACUGUGUUUCAGGCCGAGGUUGCUGCCAUAGUGUUUGGAGUGCGUAGGCUGAUGGAUGCCGGCGUCGAAGGAAGGAAAAUACAAAUCUUCUCGGAUAGCAAGGCCGCGAUUCUUUCCAUAUCUGGUUGGAACACGCGGUCUGCUCUUGUCUCCGAAUGCCAGGAGGUGUUGGAGGCGACCUCACAGAUAUGUGAGGUUGGACUACACUGGGUACCUGGACAUAGUGGAAUUGCAGGCAAUGAGGAAGCAGACCGCCUCGCUGUUGCGGGAGCUAGGACAGCUUUCACUGGACCUGAACCAGUAUUAGGGCUUUCCUCACAAGUGAGGAAGUCUAUUAUAAAAGAAGACAUGUUAAAGGCCCAUCAAACGGACUGGACCGCGACAACUAAUUGUCGUGUGUCCAGACUGUUCAUGGCCAAUAUCGAUAAAAAACGGACGGAUUAUGUUGUGGGUGGCAGCCGCUGGAGAGCCCGGCGGGCUGCCAACACUUUAACCGGCCAUUGUUUAAAGAAACAUCUGAAUAAGAUUGGCAUCCAAUGCGAUCCAAUGUGCAGAGGAUGUAAUGAGACUGAAGAGACGGUCAUACACCUUGUGUGUGACUGCCCCAGUUUGUGUAACUUGAGGCGGAAGCUGCUUGGUAAAGCGGUACUGCCUCAGAGUGAAUUACCAGGGAUAAAGCCGGCCUGUUUGAUGGAGUUCAUCCGGAGAUCGGGCUGGCUUGACACCCCCUGCCCUUAA